AUGUCUCCAGCACACCCUUCAAUCAAGUCCUCGAAAGAGGCCGAUCUCUUCACCUUCCAGACACCUCCCCCGUAUGAAGCCGCCGCUUAUCCCCGCAUUCGGUCCCGACGUACCCUCGCACGGCGUCUCGUCUCUGUCCGCGUGCUCUUUGCCGUCUUUCUUAUCGGCGUGAUCACCUGGCUAUGCCUCCUCCUCGAUCGUGAGACGAAGCUCGACCACGUUGCCCAACAUGCGUCCUCUUCCGCGCGUCUGAGUCGCUUCGAGGAGUCGCUCCAGCACUGCGCUUCUCUCAAGACGUUCCCCCAAAGUCCCGACCCGAAGACUCGCAAGGCGAACCCGCGAUGGAACAAGGUCCGCGGGCAAGAGAAGCCUAUCGUGCUGCGCAAUGCCACGUUCUUCGACGGCGAGACGAUUGCUAAGGAGCCAAUGGAUAUCAAGUUUGAAAAGGGCUUGUACACCGAGGUUGCGACGACAGCCUCCAAGUCAAUUAGCUCUGACGGAGCUAUCGAGCAUGACCUGCACGGUCGUCUCUGGCCCGCCAUCUCUGCCAACGACGAUACAAACGAAGUCAACAAGGCCUACGGACCGCUUACGCCAUUUGUACGCGCCAUUGACUCCAUGAAGGCAUACGAUGAGGGCACACGUAUCAUUAUGUCCGGCGGCAUCACCUCGUCGCUCAUCCUGCCCGGCUCGGCCAAUGUCAUGGGCGGCGAAGGAACCGUGAUUAAGAACGUUCACAACUCGGGAGAGCUGGGCGAGUACAUUGUCGAAGAGCUCCUCCUCGAGCACGGAAUUCCAAUCGAGGAGCGCCACCGUUACAUGAAGCUGGCCUGUGGCGAAAAUCCGAAGCGGGUGUACGAUCACACCCGUAUGGCCGAUGCUUGGAUUCUCCGUGAGCAGUUCGCAAAGGCCAAGGACCUGUUGCAGAAGCAGGACGAAUACUGCGAGGCUGCUGCGGUGGUGUCGACCGCCUCGGCCGAGGAGAAGCGCCGUUUCAUUGAGCAGCUGGGCAAUUUCCCCAGCGAGCUGAAGCUUGAGUCGACCGUAGGCAUGCUGCGCGGCCGAGUUGCUAUGCAGAACCACUGCUACUUGCCUGAGGAUUUCGAGACCAUGCUGCGUGUCACCGGUGAGUUUGGUGUCAGAGUUCGGGCUUUCCAUCAUGCGAUUGAGGCCUGGCAGGUUCCCGAAAUGCUGAAGAAUUAUGGAGAGAACGUCACUAUCGCCACUUUUGCCGAGUUCAGUCUGUACAAGUGGGAGGCCUACGCUCCUAGUCUGUCUGCCGGCAAGAUUCUUAAUGAGCACGGCAUUCCCGUGGCCUACAAAUCUGAUCAUACCGCGCCAGAGACCAAUGCCAAAUACAUCAUGUACCAAGCGGGCGUUGGUCACUCUUUUCACUUGCCGGAGGAGAAGGCUCUUCAGUCUGUCACUUCGAUCCCCGCAAAGGCCAUUGACUUGGCCUACCGAGUCGGCUACGCACGCCCGGGAUACGAUGCUGACCUGGUCGUCUGGGACGCCCAUCCCCUCUCCAUCGGCGCGACUCCUCUCCAAGUAUACAUCGACGGCAACCCUCAGCUGAAGCAUCAGAUCGUCCAGGAGAGUAUGGGCACGACAUUUAACGAGGCAGGCACCAAAGACACUCAGCCCGUAACUCCUAAGAUGAGGACAGAACUUGAGCCGGAGAAGAGGGAGGCGUUCUGCUCCAAGACCAAGAAACCUGCUACCUUCGUCAUUAACGGCAUCACAACAACCUUCCUGGAGAACCACCCGCAGGUGCCCUCCACCUUCCACGAUGUGAGCGGCGAGAACUUGACCCUCGUAAUCAACAAGGGCGGAAUCGCGUGCCUGAACACAUCCAAGAACUGUGCAUCGGCCAUCACCCAAGCUUCCGCCGAAGGCGAGGUCACAACCCUUGAUCUCUCCAACGGCCACGUCCUCCCCGGCCUGACCGCCCUGACAUCCUCCCUCGGCAUGGUCGAGAUCGCCACGGAGCCGGACACCGGCGACGGCUACGGCGACUUCAAGCGCGACGGAAACGACCCGGAGAACCUCGACUUCGCCAAGUACGGCGUCCAGCUCGAGGGCAAGGCCUUCGCGCGCGCCCGUCUCGGCGGCAUCACCCGCGCUAUUUCGCCGCCGGUCAGCGAGGCCGGUUUUGUCAACGGUGUCAGCGUGGGCAUUCUCACCCGCCGCGAUCGCACGCUCCUCGACGGCGGCGUUUUCAAGCCCGAGGUCGCUCUCCAUGUCACAAUCGAUGACGGCGCGAAGGCGAGUGUUGGGACGAUCAGCAACGCUGUCAAGAAGCUGCGCAAGAUCCUCACAGACGGAAAGGGAAAACACAAUGAGACGACGUUUGGCGAGGUUGUAAGGGGCAAGCUGCCGCUCAUCAUCAAGGCCAACAACCACUGGGAUCUCCAGCAGAUCAUCAACAUCAAGGCGGAUUUCCCUGACGUCAACAUUGUAAUUCAGGGUGGCGCUGAGGCCCCAUUGGUCGCUUUGGAGCUCGCCAAAGCCCAGAUUCCUCUCAUCCUCACUGAGACUCGCCCUGCACCCGCUCAAUUCCGGCACCGAGACGCCGUCGUAGGCCCACCCCUGACGCCCAGUGUUGCUCGUCUUCUAAGCGAAGCGGGCGUCUACUUCGCCAUUGCCGUCGUUUCUGAAGUGAUGCCAGCCGACUACCGCAUCCACGACCUCGCCCUCGAGGCCGCCUGGGCUGCCAAGUAUGCCAACCUUGGCGACAAAGAAACUGUUCGCCUCGUCUCGAGCAACGUCGAGGACAUCCUGGGUCUGGAAAGAACCAAGGAUAUUGUUAUCUGGGAGGGCAGCCCGCUCGAGUUCGGCGGCACCGUGGCUCUGAGCUUUGAGCAGGGCAAGGAUGGAGAGAUUGAGGUCGCUGCUUGCUGGCCGCAGGAGCAUGAUACUCAGUAG